GCUGCUACUUCCGGGUUCUCGAGUUCCCCGCCGUUUGAGAAAGCAGGAGUUUAGUCAGGAUGUUGCCCUCAUUAUAACACCAAUGACGUCCUCUAAUGUGGGGUUAUGUUGCGACUUUUAUUAGCAAUUUUUCGAAUAUGUAGCCAUUUAUUCGUUCUUUACUUUAAUUUAUUACACCUAAAGCUGCCAUGUUGCUCCCUUCUGACGUCGCUCGGCUUGUUUUGGGGUACCUCCAGGAAGAGGGGCUGUCAGCUACAAGCCAAGCCUUCAUCCAUGAGAGUCCAAACCUGAAGGAGUAUGCCGAGCACACUACAGGAGACGGAGUGAUACCUGCCUGUGUUUUUUCUGUCUUUGGGAAGGGCUUGACAGCCAUCUUGAAUGAGUAUGUGGCAGCGAAAGCAAAAGACUCUGGACACGAAGUCCCUCUUGUGAUGACAUCUUUGUGGAAAAAGCUGGAUUUUACCCUCAACCAAAUCAAAUCAUUGCAGAAUUCCCCCGCUAUAUCUGCAAGUCAGAGGAUACGUUCACGCGUCGGAGUGGCAAACAUGGCGAGGCAGCGGGUCCUGACGGUGGCGUCUCCAAGCGGUGUGGUCUGCACCUCCGUGUCUGAAAGCAGCUCCUUCAUCAGCCCCGCCCACACCACCCACAGCAUGCUAGGCCACUCCACUCCUGUUAGCUUCACCAGCCCUCAGAUCAGAGCCACAGCCAGCGGCGGGGCGCAGCAGCCGGUCCACGAUGGGAGCCGAUUACUCAACACACCCCGAGAUUCUCCUGUACAAGUUAUCGUUUCAGAGCACCGCCUCACGUCAGGCCCAGUUUCUCCUGGUCGAAGGAAAUGGGACACUCCCAGGAAGAGAAGUGGUCUGACCGGGUCAGGAGGGCCCAGUAAAUCUGCCACGGCUGCCACUAACGUCACUGCAGACGCCCAGCCUGAGGAGGUCGUCAAGGAGAAUUUUCCACAACUCGUGAUACAAAAUGCACGUGACAAGAUUUUGGGGGACAGGGCACUGCAAGAGAAACUUGCUGAAAACAUCAACAAAAUCCUUGCCAGUGAUGCAGUACCACAAACAUCCAAAGCUUCUUCAAGUACAGUGGAGCCAGACCAGUCUAUAGAUGAGAUUCUAGGACUAGAGGGAGAAAUCCAUAUGAGCGAUGAUGCCAUCCAUGACAUUUUGGAGCAAACUGAAUCUGACCCGGCUUUUCAGGCCCUCUUUGACCUUUUUGAUUACCAUAAAACUAAAAAUGCUGAUGGAGACGCAGGGGACGGCAGCAUUGCUUGUAUUUCUGAAGAGAAUGAGACGACUGGACUCCCACCUGCUGUCCAGGUCCUCCAAAGUAGCGAUCCAGGUCCUUCCCAAAAUGAUGGAAAUACUUUAGAUGCAACAUCAGGAGCGCCGAAGGCGAGAGCUGGGCAGGAGCGUAAAACCAGAAAAUCCUCUGCAUCCACCUUGUUGAGAAAAACCAUUUUGGACUCGAACGGCAGAACGUCUAGGAUUGAGAACAGCUCGGCCAGACUGUUAGUCAGCUACUCACCCGCUGCUGGGAACUCCAUGAGGAAAGAAAACCCAUCGGGGAACAGUGGACCACAAAUGGAAAGCGAUGAGCCUCUAAACACGCCGCCCCCACCUGUGGACAGUUUGUCCACCCCAGUGACACUCUCAAAUUCAGGGUCUUUAUCGAGAGACGCAGCUCUGCUCGCUGAGGAGAGACCAGCCUCAAGCAUUGACGGAAACCCUGAGCAUCCACAGGCGACAGGACUAAACAAGCCAGCUGAUGGAGUUGAUGGAGCAGCUGCUGGUGAUCAGCAUGAGGUCCAGGUCAACAACACCUCUCCCAGCCAGCCUGAUGUGUGUGUUUCUGGUAGAGACAGUCUAACGGUGCCUCCUGGCUCUGUGCCGUCUUCUUCUUCAGCAUCUGAUUCUGCAGCUGCUCCAGUCACGGCUGCUUCCACUCCUGUUUCUGCCUCUUCUGCAUCCUCUUCCUCUUGUGCUCCAGUUACCCUAACGCCCAGUCCUCCUCCUCCUCCUCCUCCUGCUCUUUCCCCACGCAAGCCUGGAGAGCCCAGCAACAUUGUGUCUUUGGAGAUCAUCGUCAGCGAUAACCAGGAUGGGGAUUCUUCCAGAGACGCUGCCUUAAAUCAGGCGGUUUCAAGUAUUUCCGGAGACAAGAUACCCACCAUCUACCUUUCCUUGCCAGCAAAAUCACCUGCAUGUCCUGCUACUCCUAAAGCCAACUUCGAUGAAGCCGCGCAGGCGGUGAGCAGCUUACAGCGGUCAGAGGGAUGCGGUAGUCCUUUCGUCUGUAAACCUGGAGGAGUGUACACGUCUCCAGUCAGUGCAGCAUCGCAGGCUCAACAGAGAUAUGUGUUUCAGUCCGCUGUGGACCCCCCACCCACCCCAGCCAGUUAUUUCUUGGUGGUCCCAACUCCAGACGUUCAGGCCAGACCGGUGCUGCUUCCAGCUGGAGUCCCAAACGGACAACCCUUACCCACCAGCCAGCAUGGAGUCGCUACACCAAGCUACUCCACAGGACCAGCACUUAUAUUACCAUCACCUGUAAAGCCUGUUGUGCUUCCUGUCUCCGUUUUGGGGCAGAAUACAAUGGGAAGUAUCCAAGUGGUUUCCAAUCAGAUAGUUGAUGUUACAACCCCAAAACCUACACAGACAAGAGAAAAACUAAAACCAAAGCCCACCACUAUCGAACCUAAGCAGUCUACAAAAUCAGGAUGUGUGAAAACUGUGACUGCUGCUGCUGUUCAGCCUAAACCUUCAGAGCAGAGGGAAGCAGCUAAAGGAUCCAGUGGACCCAGUCAUCGGAGAAUUUUAUGUUUUGACUCCUCCUCAUCAGAGGUUCGAUCCCAAACUACCAGAACAGCUGGGACUCCAACACAUUCUGCUUCAAACACAACACAACAUACCCGUCCGACGGAGAGAGAUAAUAGGCCAGCAGGCGGUCGAACAAAACCGGCUAUUUUAGGUAGCAGCAAACCUAAGAGGAGAGUGGAGACUGUCAGAUGUUCAACAGAUCCCACAGGAGGAGCAAACUUGCUAAAAGAAGCUGCUUCUUUACAAACGCAGCAGAAAGACUCUGUCAAGAAGACGCCUCGCAAACAGAUGCACAUAAUUCAUGACCAAGAGUCUCAAAAUGCAAGAACAGACAAUGAAGCUGAGAAGUCUCAGCCACAGGAGGCGUCCGUCGAUGGCUUCCACAGACCUGAUGAUGACGGGCCAAAAGCUAAAGAUGCUUGCGGUUCCAGGUCGCUGUCAUCCGAUUCUUCGUUCAGAUCAGGAAGCAGGAAGGACAACGAGGAGAGCAGCAGCAGGAAGGAGGCUGGAGAGAAGGCUUCUUUGAAAUCACGUGAGGGACGAAUGGAGAAGAGGACUUCCUCUCAGGAGAAUCCAAACAUCAGAGCGAACAAGGAGAAUGAAAUGAAAGGAGGCUCACAAGACAAACAGCAGCCAUCAACUCCUUCAUCCUCGGCAUCAAGAGACUUCAGCCCUCCAGCGGCCCCACAGGCCAAGCCGACAAAGGCUGCUUCAAAAACUAGCUCUCUGGCCAAGCAGGCCGCUGAAAUGCUGCAAGGCCUCGGCUCUCCUCCUCCUCCGGUCAGAAAAGCCAUAGUUAGCAGUUCGGACCAUAUGCUUUCUGGGUCCGACCACAUCGGUGAGGCGGCUGCUGAUUGUCAGAGGACUCCUUCCCGUCCGAAAAACGCUAAAAAUGCAGAGGGGACUCCGAAGCAGCUGUUGCCUCCCAACACCCCUGAUGUGCCGACCUGCAGCCCUGCCAGCGAAGCCGGGAGUGAAAACAGCAUUAACAUGGCCGCACACACCCUCAUGAUUCUUUCUCGUGCCGCCAUCGCCAGGACGGGCACGCCGCUGAAGGACAGCCUGCGCCAGGAGGAGGUCGGAGAAAAAUCACCGUCAAGCUCAAAGAGUAAAAAACGCAAGCAGUCUCCAGUCAGAGAGAGUCCGUCCGCCAAGAGAGAGCGGAAACGAUCUCCCAGCAUCAAGAAAGACAAAGAAAGAAAGAAACUUAUUGACUGUUUCCCCCACGAUUUGGAUGUGGAUAAGUUCCUUUCCUCUCUUCAUUAUGAUGAAUGAAAGUGGACACACAACUGAGGAGGAUGAACAUAUCACUACCAACUUGGACUGCUAUCCAGGAACAGAACAAGCCAUCUGCUGAGCCAGUGCUUAUGGUUCCUACAGCUCUCAAUACCUUUAGACUUUUAAGCAGCAGCUGUUGUGGAACUUCGAUUUUACUGUAGGUGAUUUAAAGUAAAAUCUCAUUUUAUGCAACAUUACGGCAACCAUUGCACUUUUUGUUUGUUGUAAUCAUCAACACGUUUUUUGCAGUUACAGAUCAAUUUUGGAGGCCAUUUUGACAGUUGAUACUUUUUGUUAUUGAAUAACUCAAAACAUUGCUUUGGUCAAUAUUUGACUUUUUAUUUGGUAGAUCUGAUUAGUGCUGGGUGACAAGUUUGUUUGUCAAAAUACAUUUUGAAAAAUGUGUGUAUCAGUAAUUUAAAAUGUGUAAUUGUGUUUCAUUUGAUUUUGUUUCCUGAAAAGUCUAGUUAACGGAUAAUAAUAAAAAAAGAGAUGUACAUCUGAAAUUCACAUUUUUACUGUAUACUUUUGUACAGUAAUCUUGUUUGUGAAUGAGACGCACUUUCAUCUGUGUCUGAAUAAAAUGUUAGAAGUAUUGGAGUAAAUGAGACUGAUUUUGAAACACCA